UGAUGUGUUCGUAUCAACAAUUUUUAAUAUAACAAUUCAGGAGAAGGAACAGAAAGUGGACGGAGAUUCUACGACUACUGCAGACGCGACACCGGGUACAGACGAAGUUAAAGCCGUUAGAGCUGUGAUAUUUAAACACAACUCAGAGAAGAUGGAGGAAGUUGCGUCUAUUCAUUCAGUAGUUGACAGUACAGACGACGAGAAAACUGUUGACUACAUAACGCUCGCUCUGGAAGUGGAAAUCGCCAAAAACCUCGUCAUUUACACUUGUCAUCAGUACAUUGGAAGCAAUUGGACCAAAACUGAAAUUGAGCAGAAGGUUGGACGUAGCACCGUAGAAGUUGACGUCUAUGACUUUACAACAGAAACCAUAUUCUUCACGUUCCGUUAUAUGUGUGAAGACGUCAUUGUACCUUCUGGUGGGUUCGAGUAUAAAAACGACUACUGUCCACAACAACGAAUCACAUUCCCAGAAGGGGCUGUCGAGAGAAACAUGAAAAUAACCAUAAAUACAAUGUCCAUUGAAGGUGAAUGUAAGAAAAAAAGACUGAAAGAAGAAAUGGGAUCCGAUACAAGUAUCUCCAGUUUAUCAGAUAUCGUAUACGUUCACCAUUCGCAGCCAUUCAAGAAAAAAGUCAAACUUCGGCUAAAACUGGAUCCCUUAUUCAACGAUAGUCAAUCUUCUGAAACCUUCUUGUUUCAUUGUGACGACAAUGGAUGUUUGAGGAUAUUAGAAGAUGUGAAAAUGAGGAGGGUACUUGAGGAUGAUGUAGAAGGAGAUAAACAUAUUUAUGAAGUAGAGGUGGACACCUUUUCAGGAAAAGCCGCUGUUACUAUCACGCCAUGGAGUAACGAGGAACGCAAUGCAAGGUUUUCAGAGAUAAAAGUAGAAAAGGAUGAUGUGUUCGUAUCAACAAUUUUUAAUAUAACAAUUCAGGAGAUAGAACAGAAAGUGGACGGAGAUUCUACGACUACUGCAGACGCGACGCCGAGUACAGACGAAGUUAAAGCCGUCAGAGAUGUGAUAUUUAAACACAACUCAAGGAAGAUGGUGGAAGUUGCGUCUAUUCAUUCAGUAAUCGACAGUACAGACGACGAGAAAACUGUUGACUGCAUAAUGCUCGCUCUGGAACAGGAAAUCACAAAAAACCUUGUCAUUUACACUUGUCAUCAGUACAAUGGAAGCGAGUGGACCAAAACUGAAAUUGAGCAGAAGCUGAGAAAAGCAUCAGAUGAGCGUUUUGUCUGUAAGAAGACAACCAGGAACAACUUGCACUUCAGAUUUUUCUUCUGA